AUGUCUUUCUUCACCCGUAGAGAAUGGGCUCUGGCAGCACUUGUCCUUUCCCUCACCUGGCUUCUCUCAACUGCGGCACAGCCUGCAACUCUGCUGGCGUCAACAGCGACUUGCGACACCAGCAGCAGCUUGCUUGCCAUCGGUUUCAGGAGGCUGGAUAUCUUGCCAAACAAGAUUUCUACCAAGGAUCAUGGACGACAAACCGUCAGCGACCUGACCGCGGUCUGGGUUAGGAUCGAACAUGAAGUGAUUCCAACAGUAUCCCAAUCUGGUCGACUCGAAGGACCUCCAUCACUAGAUAGUGCGUUGGAAGAGGUGUUCGGACUCGAUCCAGGUCUCGAUCUCCGAGAACGCCAACUUCCAACGAUGUGCAAGACCGCCUUGGGCUGCCUUGGAGAAGCCGCACGUGGUACGGUCAAUGGGACAACCGUGGUUGCUGGCUGGACUGCGAACCGAUCUGAAACCGUGACCAGCACCGUGCGCAACUACCUGACCUCUGACGACUAUGCAAAUGCAAAUACUCUGACGCAAGGAUCAGUGGUGAGUCUGGUAUUGCAAUUCAUCGAGUAUUACAUCAACAUACGGGUCGCAUCGAGGUACGCUGGCAAUCCUGACUGCACCUCGCAGCAGCAGGCCAACGUCGUCGAGGAGGUGAAUGCGGCUUGUGGUCGCCUUUGCAGCAAAUUGGAAAGCCUGCAGCGUGCAGAGAAUGGAACGACGCUGAAAGCGAUGCAAUCGCACGGCUACACUAUCCCGUCAAACGCAAAGGCGGACUCGCAGACCAACGCGGUAUCCAUGUCGUGGGGCUUUUCGGACCAGCCCGCCGACUUUUCUCCCGUCUGUCAGCUGUACGGUCUCGACUUCUGA